AUGGCGAAGCGUUUGCAGGGGAAGGUCGCCGUUGUGACAGCAUCCACUGCGGGAAUCGGCCUCGGAAUAGUGGAGCGUCUUGGCCAAGAGGGCGCAUCAGUGGUCGUCUCAUCGCGCAAGCAGGCGAACGUCGACACAGCCGUCGCAAGGCUUCGCGAAAAGGGUAUAGACGCGAUGGGGAUGGUCUGCCACGUGGGGAGCGCUGAGCACCGCCGGAAAUUGGCUGAUGCUGUGGUUGCCAAGUAUGGUCGCGUGGAUAUUUUCGUGUCGAACGCAGCUGUUAAUCCGACGUUAGGGCCAAUCCUGGACAUGGGGGAGCGUGAGCUGGAUAAGUUGCUAGAUACAAACAUCAAGGCAGCAGUUCUGCUGGUUAAGGAGAUGGCUCCGCACAUCCCGCCAGGGGGGAACAUCGUUUUUGUCGCGUCCAUCGCUGGAUUCAACCCGAUCGCCAUGCUUGGCAUGUACUCUGUGACAAAGACUGCUCUAUUGGGCCUGACGAAAGCCCUGGCUGUCGAGCUGGCUCCAGAAGUCCGUGUAAAUUGUGUUGCUCCAGGGAUUGUUCCGACUCAGUUUGCGAGCUACCUGGUGGAGAAUGAGGGGAUUAGGAAGGAGACGGAAGAACGCACUUUGCUGAAGAGGCUGGGUUCUCCGUCAGAUAUUGCUGGAGCUGUUGCGUUCUUGGCGUCAGAUGAUGCAGCUUAUAUCACUGGCGAAACCAUUGUGGUGGCUGGGGGUAUGCAGUCUCGCUUGUGA